UCCCGUGCCGCUCCACGCGGGGGACGCUCUUCCAAAUGCUGCACACGUCGACCUCCGGGUUUACGUGCUCUCCGGCACGGGUCGCGCCCCGGGCCACGGGACUCGGCGGCGACCAGUAGCCCCAGCACCCACGGCCAACUUUACAAACUCAUCCGGGCCUCGCGCCUCUCCGUCAGACGCGGGUUCCAGCGAAGACGACGACGUCACGGACGGAGUGACACCGCACGAGUUGGAGUUCUCGGGUGGCGGGAGUCCGACUCGGGGUCGCGGUGGGCUUGUGCCAAGUCACAGGGCUGGAUCGACGGCCAGGGCAGAUGACUUCGUCUUCGCGCGGGCUCAUCCAUCCAGCGCACGUGGGGCCGGACGCAGCGGGGCAGAGGAUGGCGCGCGCCGCACGGUGGCACAGCUGGCGAACGACGUAGAAUACGACACUUCGCCGGCUGAGCUGGAGGCGCGAGGGGCUUCGGUGUCGGCGACAGACGGAGACGCGGAGGAUCUGCGCACGGGUGGCGCACGGAGACACCCGGAGAACAGCAGGAACUCGGUCUUCUAUGACAUGUACCCGCCGGGUAACCGCCGGUACUACGGGAGGCGUCCAGCUCCAUCAUCAUCACCACCGGAGCAUCCCCGACAGCAGCAGGUGUCGGGCUACGGCACGCGCUUCUUCCAAAACGGACUCCCUGACCUUGUUCCUGACCCUUAUUACAUCCAGGCAGCCACGUACAUCCAACAUGUGCAGAUGUACUCCCUGCGCUGUGCAGCUGAGGAGAACUGCCUUGCUAGGUCAGCGUACAGGCGCAAUAUCAGCGAUCUUAACUAUAGGGUGCUUCUUCGGUUUCCCCAGAGGGUUAAAAACCAAGGAACCGCCGACUUCCUUCCUGUUAAACCCAAGCAUCAAUGGGAAUGGCACAGCUGCCAUCAACACUAUCACAGCAUGGAUGCCUUCAGCCUCUAUGAGCUGCUGGACGUUUCCACGGAGAAGCAGGUAGCCGAGGGACACAAAGCCAGUUUCUGCCUGGAGGACACCACCUGCGAUCCAGGUGUACGCAGGCGCUACGCCUGCACUGCUCACACACAGGGUUUGGGUCCAGGUUGCUAUGACACGUAUCAUGCCAACAUUGACUGCCAGUGGAUUGACAUCACAGAUGUGCCUUCGGGGAAUUACAUCCUAAAGGUUACCGUGAACCCCGGUUUUCAAGUUCAAGAGUCCGAUUUUUCAAAUAACGUAGUGAGGUGUGACGUUACAUAUAGGAGCUCCCACGUCCAAACACACAACUGCAGAAUAACUAGCUAUUAAUGUCGUGUUGCGGUAUAGACCUGACGUGAAGUCUUGAAGCCACCUUCUGAUUCUCAAUUUUGAAUUGAAAAAAGAAAAAAGCUUUUGAGAAAUAUUUUUUUCUUAUUAAUUUACCCUCUUUUUUUCCAACCAAAAAAAAAAAAAAAAUUUAUUGCAUUGGUCUGGCCAGUGCAUUGUGGAGAAAAAUUGAAGUAAAGUUUUAGAUAUCAUUGCAAAUAUUUUAUUAAUUGUUUUCGACUGUUGUGUCUUCGAAAAGUUUUUUGAAUGUCACUGUUCACAAUUUACCGUUUGCUGAGAAUGCCUUACCUGGCUGCCAAAUAUAGAAAAAAAUAGAUGUGUGACCAAAUAUAGAGGUCUAUAGUCUAGUAUUUACUGAGCACUGCCUAAAAUCCACCAAUAAAUGUUAAAUGUUGUGCUUUCCUCGUCUUCUGAAAAACAUUUAGAGAUUUAUAAAAUUAAAGUGAUUGCUUGGUCUAUUUAUAAUAUUGUGAAUAUGAUGCUGAAAUUAUUUUUGCUUGAUAUCCA